AUGAAGCACAAAGAAGAUCUGAUCAGUGAAAAAAAAACGAGCGUAAGGAUGGUUAACAGUGCUUUGACCCUUCAAGUUCUUCCACUGGUCAUUCUCCUAGGGAACAGCUGGUUGUGUGCUUCCCAUUUCUUCUUCCUGGCCGACCUCCUAAACGACGAGGCUGAUGACUACGAGUACUACGAUGAGUACACACAACCAGAGCAGAACCCCUUCCUCCAGCAGCAGCCCUCGGAGGACCCUGACUGGUUUGAGGCAUUUUUUGGCUACAGUGAUACUAGAAAAGACCCAUGCUCCUCCAACCCCUGCAAGAACAACGGUAGGUGUGAAAACAAAGGAAGCAGCUUCAGCUGUCUCUGCCCCAAGCCAUAUGCUGGGACUACGUGCGAGAAAGUGGAGGACAUGUGUCUGGAGAAGAGGUGCCGUGGGGGAGACUGCCUGAUCACUUUAACUCCACCUUAUUUCCAGUGCAGCUGCAAUCAUCCCUACAAACUCCCUGACUGCCAACAAGGAUCUUCACCAUGCAGACCAAACCCGUGCAAAAAUGGAGGUAUCUGCAUACGGCACAGAAUCAGAUCGAAAUUCACCUGCAAGUGCCCCAAACCUUUCAGAGGGAGAUUCUGUGAGAUCGGACUGGAUGAUUGUUAUGAAGAGGCCUCCUCUAUGUACAGAGGAAGAGUGAACCAAGCAGUGAACGGCAAGACCUGCCUGCACUGGAAUUCCCACAUCCUCUUGAACAACCCUAUUAAUGCCUUUAUGGAGGAUGCUGACUCUUAUGGCAUCGGUGAACAUAACUUCUGCAGGAAUCCGGAUGAGGAUGAAAAACCCUGGUGCUACAUCAGAAAAAAUCACAAAGUGGAAUGGGACUUUUGUGAUGUUUCACCUUGCUCAGGAACAGAGAGUCCAUGGCCAACAGACAGCCCAACAGACCCACCUGGAUCAAAUGAAUUAUUCAAAACAUGUGGACAACCAGAAAUUCAAAGGACACUCAAGAGGAUCUAUGGUGGAGCUAAGACUACAGCUGGCAAACACCCCUGGAUGGCAUCUCUGCAGAUAAAGACUUCAAAAAGGAGCAGUCAUUUCUGUGGUGGAGUGCUAAUUAAAGCAUGCUGGGUUCUUACUGCUGGGCACUGUAUUGAACAACCAGCAGAAAAUCUCCAAGUAGCCCUUGGAAAGCAAGACCUCAAGAAGAGAGAGCAUCAAGAGCAAGUAUUUGAUGUGGAGAAGAUCAUCAUGCAUUACAAAUACAGAGAGAAGAACGGUGUCCCACACAAUGAUAUUGCACUACUUAAAUUGAAGCCAGUUGAUGGUCACUGUGCAGUGGAAACAAAGUAUGUGAAAACAGCAUGUCUGCCUAACUUCUUCUUUCCCGUUGGGACUGACUGCUUCAUUUCUGGAUGGGGCGCGACAGAGACAGAUGAAAUAUCCCGUCAGCUGUUAGAUGCCAAUGUCAAGCUGAUUUCGCAGAGGAAAUGCAAUGCACCCAGAGCAUAUGAUCACAUACUGGAUGAAAGCAUGUUUUGUGCAGGAAAUCUUCAGAGACUCGGAGCUGAUUCUUGUCAGGGAGACUCUGGAGGCCCAUUAACUUGUGUUGAAAAUGGCUCCUACUACGUAUAUGGCCUUGUGAGCUGGGGCGAUAAGUGCGGGUUAAAAAACAAGCCAGGAGUUUAUACCCAGGUGACAACAUUUGUCAGUUGGAUUAAAUCCAAAAUUCGGUCUGAGUCAAGGUCACUUCAUUAG